GCAACUUCAUCCAACAUGACUUCCUUCUCCAGCAGCAGCUUCACGUCAUCUGUUGGAUCCUGCUCUCGUAUGUCCGUGUCUGGUGGAGGGGGACACCGCAGCGGCAUGUACGGGGGUUCCGGUGUGUCUGGGGUCCACAUCUCCAGGGCCUCCAACAGCUCCUCCGUUGGCGUCCAGGCUGGUGGCAGCUUCAGCCUGACCGAGGCUGUCUGCGUGGACGAGAAUAAGAAGACCGCCAUGCAGACCCUCAACAGCCGGCUGGCCUCCUACCUGGACAAGGUUGGUGCCCUGGAGAUGACCAACACUGACCUGGAGAUGAAGAUCAUUCAGUUCCAGGAGGAAAAAGACACACCUAAGGCUCACAACAGUGCUGGCUUCAAAGCCGUCAUCAACACAGUCCAAGAGCAGAUCUGUGAUUCCACUCGUAUGAAUGGAGGAUUAUACCUGGCUAUUGACAAUGCUAAACUGGCGGCAGACGACUUUAAAGUCAGGUAUGAGAGUGAGUUGGCAAUGAGGCAGUGUGUGGAUGCUGAUAUCGCUGGACUGAGGAGGGUGAGAGAUGAACUGACCAUUGUAGGAUGCAACCUGGAGAUGACGGUCGAGGCCCUGAAGGAGGAUUUGGUCCACUUCAAGAAGGACCACAAAAAGGACCUGAAGGCUCGGCGGGACCAGGUGGGCAAUCAGACUGUGGAAGUGGAGGUGGACGCUGCGCCACAGGGAGACCUUGUCAACGUCAUGGCCAGGAUCCGUGCAGACUACGAGGGCGUCGCCGCAAAGAACCGCCUAGAACUGGAGGGCUGGUUCAAAGACAAGUCAGAAGAAAUCCAGAAAGCUGUCGCCGGCAGUACAGAGGACCUCCAAUCAUCUGGAUCUGAAGUUACUGAGGUUAAACGCAAGGAGCAAAGUCUAGAAAUUGAACUCCAGGCCGAACUCAGCUUGAAAGCAUCGCUGACAGGCACACUGGCUGACACACAGAACCACUACACCAAUAGACUGUCUAGUUACCAGAUGCAGGUGACCAGCAAAGAAGGCCACCUUGGUCAGAUCCGCAGUGACCUGGAGCACCAGGGCCAGGAAUACCGGAUACUGCUGGACAUCAAGACCAGGCUGGAGAUGGAGAUCGGCGAGUACAGGAGGCUUCUGGACGGAGAGGCUAGCAGGCAAGCCAGAUUUCUUUCAGCUGUCCGCAGCAUCAGUUCACACUGA